AUGAAUGGUUGUUAUGCCAUUGAUGAUUUUGCACCUAUUUAUCCAGAAAUUGCUGAACCAGCGGACUUGUUGCGGAUUCUUGAUACAUUGCAACUCUGCGCUCCUACCGAUUCGAAUGGUGAAGCGGAAUUUGAAUUUCCAGCCUUUAACGUUUUAGAUCCUCCCAAAGAUAUUUGGCAACGGGAUCGGCCAACGUAUGUUUAUGGUGGAGUGCGAGUUUUGCCUAUGCGUGGUAUGGAACGUUCUCUUCAGAGCACCUUUCCACGAAUUCAAGUUGCACUGCGCAGAUCAAUGCAUGACUUUCAGGAUCCGAUGGAUGCUGACCUAAUGCAGUGGUAUGGUUGUAGUAAGAUGAGCUCUGGUCAAAUGGAGGCUUUAAUUCGUUUGCAUGGCGAUGCAGUCGAAAUUCAAGUUCGAGGACCGUGUGAAAUUGCCACUUCAUGCUUCUAUUUCGUGGAGGAUGUUACGAAUCUCGUUGAACAGACUGCCCAAGAAGUGGCUCCCGGCAUCUCACUUGAGCGUCAUUUCCUUUCUCCUAAACACUUAAAAGAACACGUAGUAAAUCCAGCAGUCUAUGCGCCAGAAACGAUCAUGGCAAUGCAACAAGCAGAAUCAUUGACAAUCCGUAACAAUCAGGAAACUGAUGAAUUGUUCACGGAUGUUGUAUGUUUCGGCUCACGCGAUGUUGCAGCUGUGCUGACGUUAGGCAUCGACGUUGGUGUUGCGCAACUGCAACUCGCAACACGUUGUGAAUUAGCUGCUUUAUUGGAUCCAUCAGAUGCGAUGGGUCGAGAUUGGUCCAUACUGGCAGUAAAAUUGAAUCUUACUGACCAGCUGCCGGAAGUUGAUUCAACCGGACAAAGUCUUUCAAGGACCGAUCAGUUGCUCGCCGAAUGGGCUUUGCAAUCUCCAGAAACAGCUACAGUCGGCAGGCUUUGUACCAUUUUGGAAGAACUCGGCAGACAAGAUGCCCGAGAUGCACUGUAUAGGACAGUACCACUGUACCUGUUUGCUCCAUUAGACGAGCAGCCAGCGGUGCAUCUAACGGAAUGUGGAGAUUCAGGUGUUGUCUCCUCAACGCAGUCGACCACCGAUCCUCGUUCCGCAUCAACGUUAUCGCGAUAG